AUGGAUAAAUACCAAAAAUUAGAAAAAAUUGGUGAAGGUUCUUAUGGUAUCGUUUAUAAAUGUCGUAAUAAGGAAACAGGACAGAUUGUUGCAAUUAAGAAAUUCAUUGAAUCAGAAGAUAAUCCAACAACGAAAAAAAUUGCAUUGCGUGAAAUUCGAAUGUUAAAGCAUUUAAAACAUCCAAACUUGAUAGCUCUGAUUAAAGUUUUUAAAAGGAAUCGAAAAUUGCAUUUGGUCUUUGAAUAUUGCGAAAGGACCGUUUUAAAUGAAUUGGAAAAAUAUCCCAAUGGAUGUCCAAAAGCAUUCAUUAAAAAAACAAUCUAUCAGUUAUUGCAAGCGGUAGAAUACUGCCAUACAUUUAAUUGCAUUCAUCGUGAUAUAAAGCCAGAAAACAUCUUACUAACAAGAAAUGAUGUGGUAAAAUUGGCUGAUUUUGGUUUUGCCCGAAUGAUAAAUACGAGUGAUUUCUACACGGAUUAUGUGGGUACACGUUGGUACAGGAGUCCAGAACUGCUAACAGGUGCUGUACGAUAUGGGCCACCAGUGGAUGUGUGGGCAAUUGGUUGUGUUUUCGCUGAAAUGGUUACAGGUGAAGCACUUUGGCCUGGUCGAUCUGAUAUUGACCAACUUUAUCUAAUUAGAAAAACAAUGGGUGAGUUUCUGCCACGACAAAAAAUACUUUAUCGGUCGAAUUUGUUUCUUCAUGGUGUUUCGAUUCCAAAACCGGAUGUGUAUGAAACUUUGUCUAAAAGACUAAAGACUUCUUCGAUAAUCAUUGAUUUUUUAUAUAAAUGUUUAAAUAUAAAUCCGGAAAAACGAUGGUCUUGUAGUCAAUUACUCCAGCAUGAUUACUUUAAUGGGUAUUCAUUCCAUGUUUUCUCAGCUAAAUCAACCAGUAAACAACUUACAUCAAACUAUUUGCCUUAUUUGACGAGCAAUCCAUUCAAUGAACAACAAUUAAUUGACGGUGGUUUUAAGGAAAUUACUCACAACAGCGCAAAUGCCUUCAGUCGACAAUAUUUGCCUUCAAUUUAA